AUGGCUGGGCAAAUAUCAGAAUCUGAUCAGACCAAACAGUUCAAAGAGAUUCUCAGAAUACACAAUAAAUUUGCAGAAAACUGCUUCCUGGCUUGCCUAAAGGAUUUCACUAUCAGAGAGGUUAAAGCAGAAGAGGAGUACCAUAUUCAGCAGAACAAAGCUUUAGCAGCUAAAGCAGGACUACUUGAACAACCUCUUUAG